UUGGAAAUAUAAAAACCUCCCAUAAGCAUAAGAAAGCAAAGGCUAGACAAAACAAUGUGGCAAGCUUCUGCAGAACGAAAGAUCAUGGAAUAUCUUCGAAAAAGACCAGAAACUUCGACUGACAUGGAAAAGGAAAUUUCUUCGGUGGGGAAUAAAAAGAAAUUCAUCUGUAAUAAGUCAAUACAGGAAAAUAUUCGCAUGACCGUGAAGGUAAACUGCGAUGAGGUGUUCUGUAGCCACAGUUGCAUGAUGAAGGCCAUUCGAGAGCAAAAGGCCAAGGUGGUCAUCGUCGCCACCAAGACGCCGCCCUCGCAGAAAGCCGAGAUUGAGCAUUACGCCAAGGUGGCCAAGUGUCAAAUCAUUUACUACGGCGGCAGAUUUAUUGAGUGCGCGAACUCGUGCGGGAAAGUCUUCCUCUUUUGUACAGUGGCCAUAAGCACUCAGAAAGAUGCAGCCAUCAUCCGUUCGUUGUCGGAAAAGUUAGUGGCUGGCAUUGCUCUGUUUUUGGAUGGCAAAGACGUAACAAAUUAAAUCGGCUGUCAAAA